AUGAGUUACGCAAAGAAAGACGAGGAUGCCGAACACUCCGGCUUCAAGCUGGAUCGAACUUCUGUUUUCCAAGAUGCUCGGCUGUUCAACUCUUCACCUAUAUCGCCUCGAAAAUGCCGCACGCUGCUCACCAAGAUCGCCGUCCUCCUCUUCACGGGAGAGAAAUUCCCCACAAACGAAGCCACCACUCUUUUUUUCGGAAUUUCAAAGUUGUUCCAGAACAAGGAUCCCUCGCUGCGUCAAAUGGUCUAUUUGAUACUGAAAGAGCUGGCACAUACCGCUGAGGAUGUCAUCAUGUCCACGAGUAUCAUUAUGAAGGAUAUGACUGUGGGCAGCGAGAUCAUCUACAAGGCAAAUGCUAUCCGGGCUCUCUGCAGGAUUAUCGACGCUACGACGGUUCAGGGUAUUGAAAGGCUAAUCAAGACUGCUAUUGUGGAUAAGUCCCCCGCGGUCUCUUCGGCGGCUUUGGUUUCAUCGUACCAUUUACUUCCAAUUGCCAGAGACGUGGUCCGGAGGUGGCAAAGUGAGACUCAAGAGGCCGCAUCCUCUUCCAAACCCAGUGGUGGGUUUCUGAGUUUCGGGGGUGGCUCGCAGCAUUCACUCGCCGCUGCAAACACCAAUUACAUGAACCAAUAUCACGCAAUUGGUCUGUUGUAUCAGAUGCGGUCACACGACCGAAUGGCUCUGGUUAAGAUGGUGCAACAGUACGGCGCUGCAGGAGCAGUCAAGAGUCCGGCUGGAGUCAUGAUGCUAGUUCGGCUGGCUGCCCGCCUCGCCGAGGAGGAUCCGAGUCUCAGAAAAUCUAUGAUGCAGAUGUUGGAUACCUGGCUGCGGCAUAAGAGCGAGAUGGUGAAUUUCGAAGCUGCCAAAGCCAUUUGCAGCAUGCCAGAUGUUACCGACGCCGAGGCCGCGCAGGCCAUCCACGUCUUGCAAUCCUUUUUGACUUCACCAAGAGCGGUCACGAAAUUUGCGGCCAUCCGUAUUCUUCAUUCUUUCGCCUCCUUCAAACCCCAAGCCGUCCAUUCCGCCAACCCCGAUAUUGAGGCGCUGAUCUCCAACAGCAAUCGAUCGAUCGCUACGUUCGCGAUCACAACGUUACUGAAGACCGGCAAUGAAGCUAGUGUAGACCGGCUCAUGAAGCAAAUAUCCGGUUUCAUGACCGAGAUUACGGAUGAGUUUAAGAUUACCAUCGUCGAAGCUAUCCGGACGCUCUGUAUGAAAUUUCCCAGCAAACAGGCCGGCAUGCUUACCUUCUUGAGCGGUAUUCUGAGAGACGAAGGGGGUUACGAAUUCAAACGUGCCGUGGUGGAGAGUAUGUUCGAUCUGAUCAAAUUUGUUCCGGGAAGCAAAGAAGAGACAUUGUCUCACUUGUGCGAGUUCAUUGAAGAUUGCGAGUUUACCAAGUUGGCGGUGCGGAUUUUGCAUCUCAUCGGUGUCGAGGGACCAAAGACGCCGCAACCUACAAAAUACAUCCGCUAUAUCUACAAUCGAGUCGUGCUGGAGAAUGCCUUGGUUCGUGCAGCAGCCGUGACUGCCCUUGCGAAGUUUGGUGUCGGGCAAAAGGACCCUGAGGUCAAAAAGAGUGUGCAGGUUCUGUUGACGAGAUGUCUAGACGACACGGAUGAUGAGGUGCGCGACAGGGCAGCGCUGAAUCUGCGGCUGAUGCAGGAAGAAGACGAUAUCGCAGAUCGCUUCAUUAAAAAUGACUCGAUGUUCUCGCUAUCAACCUUCGAACACAAGUUGGUCAUGUACGUGACAUCGGACGACAAGUCAGUGUUUGCCAAGGCAUUCGAUAUAAAGUCGGUCCCGGUGGUAUCUCACGAGCAAGCGUUGGCAGAAGAACGUACGAAGAAACUCACGACCGCAACACCUACACUGAAAGCACCGAGUACGGGACCGGCAAAACCCAAGGCAAACGGAGCCGCAGAAGGACCGGCAGCUGGUGCAGCAGCCGCACAGAAAUAUACACAGAUCUUCGCCAGAAUACCCGAGCUUGCAGCAUACGGCCCGGUCCUGAAAUCGAGUGCUGUGGUUGAACUUACAGAAAGUGAGACCGAAUACGUGGUGUCGGCCGUGAAACACAUCUUCAAAGAACAUGUCGUCAUUCAAUACGAUAUCAAGAACACCCUUGAGCAAACUGUGCUCGAGAACGUGACUGUUCUAGCCUCCCCUGCCGACGAAGAAGAGCCCACCCUCGAAGAAGAAUUCAUCAUUCCCGCCACCGCCCUGAAAACCAAUGAACCGGGCGUUGUGUAUGUUGCAUUCCGCAAACUUGGGGGCAUAUCUGCCUUCCCUGUCACCGCAUUCACGAACGUCCUUAAAUUCACAAGCAAAGAAAUUGACCCGACGACGGGUGAAGCCGAAGAAGGAGGCUAUGAAGAUGAAUAUGAAGUUGAGAAUCUGGAGUUGACAGGCGCGGACUUUGUCAGUCCGGCAUUCGCGGGAAAUUUUGAUCACAUCUGGGAGGGGACAGGGGCAAACGGGGAGGAAGUUAGCGAGACGUUGGUGCUGGGAAAUGUCAAGACUUUGGCUGACGCGACGGAACAACUCUCGCAGGCGCUCUCUCUGCAAGCUCUUGAUGGCACUGAUGUGGUUUUAUCCAACACAACCCACACUCUGAAAAUGUACGGCAAGUCGGUCACCGGUGGAAGAGUGGCGGCGCUGGUCAAAAUGGUGCAUUCGGCCAAGGCGGGCGUUACUGUCAAGGUUAGUGUGAGGACGGACGAGACAGGAGGGGGCCUCGCGCAGGGCAUCAUUGGUGCGCUCUCCUAG